ACUGCCAUAAGAAGAGUCCACUUCUCAGUGACUCCUUGCUAGGAACUGGAUGCGUUAGAGGGUGGUUAGUCAAUAUGAUUCUUCUUGCUGUGCUUUUUCUCUGCUUUAUUUCCUCAUAUUCAGCUUCUGUUAAAGGUCACACAACUGGUCUCUCAUUAAAUAAUGACCGACUGUACAAACUCACAUACUCCACUGAAGUUUUUCUUAAUCGGGGCAAAGAAAAACUUCAAGACAGUGUGGGUUACCGAAUUUCAUCCAAUGUGGAAGUCGUCCUACUGUGGAGAAAUCCUGAUGGUGAUGAUGACCAACUGAUCCAAAUCACGAUAAAGGAUGUAAAUGUUGAAAAUGUGAAUCCGAAGAGAGGAGAGAAGAGCAUUUUCAAAGGAAAAAAUCCAUCCAAAAUUAUAAGAAAAAAAAAUUUACAGGCUUUACAAAGACCUGUACUCCUUCAUCUAAUCCAUGGAAAGGUCAAAAACUUCUACUCAUAUGAAAAUGAGCCAGCGGCCAUAGAAAAUCUUAAGAGAGGCCUCGCCAGCCUAUUUCAGAUGCAGUUAAGCUCUGGAACCACCAAUGAGGUAGAUAUCUCCGGGGAUUGUAAAGUGACCUACCAGGCUCAUCAAGACAAAGUGACCAAAAUUAAGGCCUUGGAUUCAUGCAAAAUAGUAAGGUCUGGAUUUACAACACCAAAUCAGGUCUUUGGUGUCACUUUGAAAGCCACCUCUGUCACUACCUAUAAAAUAGAAGACAGCUUUGUUAUAGCUGUGCUCUCAGAAGAGACACAUGCUUUUGGGGUGAAUUUUCUACGAAACAUUGCAGGCAAAAUAGUAUCAAAACAGAAAUUAGAGCUGAAGACAACUGAAGCAGGCCCAAGACUGAUGUCUGGAAAGCAAGUUGCAGCCAUAAUUAAAGCAGUUGAUUCAAAGUACAAAGCUCUUUCCAUCGUGGGGCAGGUCUUCCAGAGCGAGUGUAAAGGAUGCCCUUCUCUCUCGGAGCACUGGCAGUCCAUCAGAAAACACCUGCUGCCUGACAACCUCUCCAAGGCUGAGGCCACCAGGAGCUUCCUGGUCUUUAUUCACCACCUCAGGACUGCAGAGAAAGAAGAGAUCCUCCAAAUCUUAAAGGCUGAAAACAAGGAAAUUCUACCUCAGCUGGUGGAUGCUGUCACCUCUGCUCAGACCCCAGACUCAUUAGAUGCUAUUUUGGACUUUUUGGAUUUCAAAAGUGACAGUAGCAUUAUCCUCCAGGAGAGGUUUCUCUAUGCCUGUGGAUUUGCCUCCCAUCCCAAUGAAGAACUCCUGAGAGCCCUCAUUAGUAAGUUCAAAGGUUCCUUUGCAAGCAAUGACAUCAGAGAAACUGUUAUGAUUGUCAUUGGGGCCCUCGUCAGGAAGCUGUGUCAGAAUGAAGGCUGCAAACUCAAAGCAGUGGUAGAAGCUGAGAAGUUAAUCCUGGGAGGACUUGGGAAAGCAGAGAGAAAAGAGGACAUCACGAUGUACCUGCUGGCUCUGAAGAAUGCCCUGAUUCCGGAAGGCAUCCCACUCCUCUUGAAGUAUGCAGAAGCAGGAGAAGGGCCCAUCAGCCACCUCGCCAUCACCAGUCUUCAGAGAUACGAUGUCUCUUUCAUAACAGAUGAGGUGAAGAAGACUUUAAACAGGAUAUACCAUCAGAAUCGUAAAGUUCAUGAAAAAACUGUGCGCACGACUGCAGCUGCUAUCAUUUUAAAUAACAACCCAUCCUACAUGGAAGUUAAAAACAUCCUGCUCUCUAUUGGGGAGCUUCCAAAAGAAAUGAAUAAGUAUAUGCUUGCCAUUAUUCAAGACAUCAUACGUUUUGAAAUGCCUGCAAGCAAAAUGGUCCGUCGAGUUCUGAAGGAAAUGGUUGCUCAUAAUUAUGACCGUUUCGCCAAGACUGGAUCCUCUUCUGCCUAUACUGGCUACAUAGAACGUAGUCCCCAUUCGGCAUCUACUUACAGCCUUGACAUUCUUUACUCUGGUUCUGGCAUUCUAAGGAGAAGCAACCUGAACAUCUUUCAGUACAUUGGGAACGCUCAUGUUCAUGGUAGCCAGGUGGUCAUUGAAGCCCAAGGACUAGAGGCCUUAAUUGCCGCCACUCCCGAUGAGGGGGAGGAGAACCUUGACUCCUAUAGUGGGCUGUCCGCCAUCCUCUUUGAUGUUCAGCUCAGACCUGUCACUUUUUUCAGCGGAUACAGUGAUUUGAUGUCCAAAAUGCUGUCGGCAUCUAGUGACACUGUUAGUGUGGUGAAAGGACUUAUUCUACUAAUAGACCACUCUCAGGAGCUUCAGUUGCAAUCAGGACUGAAGGCCAAUAUAGAGAUCCAGGGUGCUCUGGCCAUUGAUAUUUCUGGUGCAAUGGAGUUUAGUCUGUGGUAUCGUGAAUCAAAAACCCGAGUGAAAAAUCGGUUGGCUGUGGUAAUAACUGGUGACAUCACUGUGGACUCUUCCUUUGUGAAAGCUGGCCUGGAAAUCAGUACAGAAACAGAAGCAGGCAUGGAGUUUAUCUCCACAGUGCAAUUUUCUCAGUACCCAUUCUUGGUUUGCCUGCAGAUGGACAAAGAUGAAGCACCACUCAGGCAAUUUGAGACAAAGUAUGAAAGACUGUCCACUGGCAGAGGAUACGUCUUACAGAAAAGAAAAGAAAAGCUGGUGGCAGGAUCUGAAUUCCCUCUCCACCAAGAGAACUCUGAGAUGUGCAAGAUGGUGUUCGCCCCGCAACCUGAGAGCACUUCCGGUGGUUGGUUUUGAAACUGGUGCAGUUUCACUUGAAUUCGUCUCCUCAGAAGGGAUACGAUGUGAGAUGUCUAAGUCCUUGCUCUCUGAGAGCACAGUGUUUACAUAUUUACCUGUAUUUAAGAUUUUUGUAAAAAGCUACGAAAAAACCUCAAAUGAUCAAAUUGGGCCCAUUCAGUAUAUUGCCCACAGUGUCAGUUUUGAGCCAAAAUAUGUGGCACUUUUAGCAACAUUCUUAGUUUUCUAAUACUUCUCUCAAAUCCCCUUUGAUAUAGUGAGGAUAGUUCUUCCCUAAGAAGAAACUAUUAUUUAUAAACACACACACAAAUGCACGCACGCACGCACUCAGAACCCAAUUUUGUUUCAAUAAUUUUCGAUCUGUGUGUACGUAGCCCUUGACAGAACCUUAAACAUGGAUUGUUUCUAACAAACAUGUUUCCCAAUCAGGAAAAAAACAGACCUUUUUGUGGGGUGGGUAGACAAGGUGGUAGGGGACAAGGUGGUAAGAUUUUCUAGACUUGUAAGCCAGCUCCAAGAAUUAAUAUUUAUCUCUUCUGUUCUUAGUUUUACUAAGUAUUGGAGUAGAAGGCACACAGAAUUACAACAUACCAUCUCAUCUUUCUGUUGACUACAUAGUCAGUUCUCUGCCUUCUGCCCUACAAAAAUAUUGAUCUUAGCACAUAAAAGUUAGAAAUAUUAAUUUCAGAAACUCUCGAUUUUUCUAGUGCUGUGUCUCUUUGAGACUGCAGUGUGGUAUACUGUCCUUUAUAAGGGACGUCUUCAUAUAUUCAUCAUUUUAUCUUUCAUUCAGUUGUUUUGCAGUGGAAGUUCCAGUCUGUUUGACUACAAUCUGUACAAAAGUUAGAAUGGCUGAAAGAAUUUAAUCCUGCUUUGAGAAACUGAUGGAUUUGGACUUCGAAAUAUGAAAUCAAAAAAAGAUUGUCUUUAUACAAAUUAAAAGAGGCAUGUUAAACAUUUUAAAACAUUUAUUAGUAAAACAGAUGCACGUGUUUAUAAUGAUGAAUCCAAAAUAGAUAACAGAUGUUCAUUUGUCCAUUAAACACAUAUGCACGCACGUGCAUGCGCGCGUGCACACACACACACACACACACACAAUGGAAGUUUAGCUAGCCCAUCACUGGUUGUAAAUUUAAAAUGCUGAGUGAUGAAAUAAAUAUGUGGAAAUCCUA